CAAAACAACAACACAUGAAAUUUUGGUAAAUGGAAAAAUAAAAUAAAUAUUUUUGAAUUAAUGGAAUCUCAAGUGUGUCCACAAAUGGAACACUGACAAGAUGAAGCUGUACAAGCAGCAAUGGGGUCGCCUGAUCGAUGGAGGCGAUGCGACCAACUCGAGAGGCAAAUUUUUGCGGCCCAGCGACAAUGUCAAAGUCGCCAGCGGCUGCAGCAGUAGCAGCAGCAGCCAUCAGCCCCACGGCCAGCGACUGCGACUGCGACUGCGAUUGCGGUGGCGGCGACUGCGGCGACUGCGGCAGUGGCAGAGACUUUACGCGGCGUCUGUGGCAGUGUCAGCCGUCCGUUCCGCUGGCUGGCAACGGCUCAUGGACAAACAUGUGGCAGACACAUGUGUGUGCCCGCCCAGCUCUGCGGCGGGCAACGCAGUCCGGUUGUUAUUUUUAAGCAUCGAUGGGGAUGGGAGGGGGCGCUCGUCGGCAGCCCAGAUCACAGAUCGCCUGACAGUGAGAACGGACGCGGACUCCGAGUGAGUGAGAUUCAAAGUCGAAUUGGUAUUCGUAUUCGUGUUGGGAUUCAGCUGCAGUUGCUGCAGCAAGCAGCAUUUGACCAGGCGGCGACAGUUGCCGAGCCACAGGAAACAGCCCCCAAGUUCAGUGCCAGGCCGGAGCCGAGGAGCCGGGACCCGUAGCGGGGGGUGAACUUGAAAAUGUUAAGCAUUAACUGAAGUACAGUUGAGAGAGAGUGAGGGGCAGAGAGUGAGAGGCACAGAACAGUUGAAAUGGCUAGCAUGGGAAGGUCUAACAUUGAGUAUGGAUAAAUUUGUCACAGUUUCUAUGAGAACUGAUGGAAGUAGUCCAAAUUCUAGUACUUCAGCCUUACUUUCUUCUGCUCUAUAUAUUUUCAUAUCUCUAUAUUUCAUAUUACUUCUGAUUCCAUUUGGGAUAUUUUACUGCCUAUUUCUGGCCACUUUGGUAUUUGGAUACAUGGCAUUUCCCUGCAUGGCAAAGGCGUUGAGCUCUUUAGCUAGAGAGCUGGCAACUGGGAGCGGGAUUUGGUUUGGGAAUCUGAGAUCCAGCUAGCAGAGCACAGUCACGAUGGCAUUACUAGCAACAACAACAACAACAACAACAACUGGUGACAGUCACAAAGCCAACAACAACAGCAACAUAAUAAUAGAACGCUCAGGGGUUAACAUUCGAAUGGAGGGCGAGGGGAGCUGAGGAGGGGCGCCCAAAGAGGAGGGAGGGGUGUGUAGGGCAAGAGCCAUUGCGCUGGCUAAAUACGCUUCGUAUAUACGGCAUUUGUGGGUUUAUCUUAAUUGCAAUAUCUCUGGAUAUCUCUUGAUUGCAAUCUGAGGUGCAUCAUAGUGCACAAACUGAACUUAUCUGGCCAGGCAUGCGAUAUACGAGUAUCUAUAUAUAUAUAUAUAUAUAUAUGUAUAAGUAUAUAAAUAUAUAUAUAUUCUUAUGUGUGUGUGUGUGUGUGUCUCCCAGGCGCAUUGCGAUCGAAACACAAUCGAGGCGGAGCUGCAGUCGUAGACGUUGAGACAAUUCGAGCAUUGUCAUGUGUAUGCUCUAUAAUACGAGAAGGUAUUGCUGAGACUGUGAUGUGAAAUGUAACAGUAUAUAUAUAUAUUCUUAAGAUAAAACUCAUCUACUAGUCGAGGCUCUAUUGAUAUAACUUUUUUCUGAAGACUCUGAGAAGUCUU